ACAGUUAUUGAACAAUUAUUUUGGGUAUCACGAGAUAUUCUGAUGGGUGGUGACGAGUUCGCGUCAGCGAACGAGUUCACACCCAUCAGAAUAUCACGUGAUACCCAAAAUAUAAUUGUUCAAUAAGGAACUUGUAUCAUGUCAAUCAUUGGUCACUUGACCCAUUGUUUUAGCUCCACCCAAAUUAGCACGGACUGAAUUCGCGCCUCUUUCAUAAUAGUUGCGCGAUGCAGGACGAAAUGGACGUUGGCGAUUUUUCUGCGUUCGAUGUUUUCCAGGCGGACAUCGAUGACCUUACUCUGUCUCAAGUCUGCGAAGAAAUGGAAAAAGAAAACGCCGUUUUUGAAGGAUUUGACAAAUUGACUAUGUCACAGACAAUGCAGGCAUACGGAUUCAGCCAUCAUGCUGAUCCGCUGGACCACAUGGAUUUUUGUUCCUAUGAGCAAACAGAUUUCGGUUCAAGUAUGGUCAAUUUCGACGUGAAUUUACCCGAGUUGAGUGAUGCCGAUGUUUUGGUGGAACCUGAAAUUAAACCGACUGCCAGCGUAUCUGCUACGGAAAAUACCCGUUUUGUUGCACCAUUAUCAGAAACGGACGUUAAAAAUUUGAUAGAUUCUCAGGAAAAUGUCAACACUAAGAAAAACACGACCUGGGCGCUCCGUGUGUUUGAGUCUUGGCGUGCACACAGAAACAGUUAUGGCGAAUCUGUGAAGGAAUUGCAUGACAUGAACACCGAAGAAAUGAAUUACUAUCUUGGGCGUUUCAUUGCUGAAGCCAGAAAACAGGAUGGACAACCGUACCCUCCACGCUCACUAUAUCUCAUUUCCUGUGGCCUUUUACGACACCUUAGAGACAAGAAAGUUUAUGAUAAAAACUUUCUCUGCACCAAAACAUUGGAGUUUUCCGAAUUCCGAAAAAUACUCGACGCAAGGAUGAAGGAGCUGCUACAAAUGGGAUUCGGCACAAAGGUCAAGCAGGCGCAGGCAGUUCUACCUGAAGACGAAAAAGUGCUUUGGGAAAAGGGUGUCUUCGGAAAUUCCACUGCUGAGGCAUUGCAGAGUACGGUGUUCUUCUAUGCGUGCAAGUUAUUUGCUUUGAGGGGCCACGACGAGCAUCACCAGUUAAAAUGUGAUCAGUUUGCAAUUGGAGAAGAUCAAGGAGGGAAGUAUGUUGAAUUUUUCGGACGCAGCAAUAAAACAUACAAAGGUGGCCUCAAGGAUCUGGAGAUUUCCAACAAAAACAUCCGUCAUUAUUGCCAGAAUGUGGAUCGAAAUGUAGCAGAUUUCUUUAAACAGUACAUUGAAGCACUGGGGGGACGAGGUGCAUUUUACAGACGACCUCUCCAUGGCUAUCCUAUUCGUUAUGGUGAACAACCAAUAGGUAUCAACAAGCUGAAAAACUUCAUGAAGAUCAUUUGUGAGCGUGGUGGUCUGAAGGGCAAUUAUACAAAUCACAGCGGAAAACGAAGUUGUGCGACACAACUUUACAUGGCUGGUGUCGAUGAACAGGAAAUCAUGGCAAGAACUGGGCACAGGUCUGAAAAAAGCGUGCGCAAAUACAAGCAGUCAUCGACAGAGAUCCAACAGAAAGUAGCAUCUGUCCUAGAUCCGCCUCCCACAACUUGCUCACUGAAGCGUGAUCGAGCCUCUGAUGAUGGAGAAAACUGCAUUGGUACAUGCAAGUCCAAGAAAAUGAAAGUUGAAGUAUCUGAUGAAUUGCCGAAAACCAGUUAUUCGAGUGUAUUAAAAGAAUUAUCCCAAAACCGUCCGAUUUUUAGCAAUUGCAACAUUUCUUUCAACUGCUAAACCUUAGGAGCAGAGGUGCUGUGUGAAAUGUUUUUUGUUUGUUUGAUAUUUUGUGUAAACCGACCAAUUUUCAGCGAUCGCAGCCGAAUCUUAUGAGUUGAGCACUGUGUGAACUUUUUUUGUUGUUUUUUUUUUUGCAUUUAAUCUAUGGCAAUGGCCAUUUAUUUGCCGUUUUGUUUAUAUAAGCGACCAAUAAAAAUAUUUUGGA